CCUUGUAAAAUCUCCUCCAUAUUAGUUGUAUUGUAGCAGCCUCAUCAUCACCAUUAUUCAUCCUCCACCACCACCACCACCACCACCACUUCUUUCCCUAAAUCCUCCAUUUCCAUAUCCCUUUUUUCUUCUGGAAAUGGCUUCUAAUACAUUAAUGAGCUGCGGCAUCCCCGCCGUCGGCCGCCCUUCGCUUCUCUCUUCUUCCAAGUCAAGAUUUGCAGCGGCUGUGCCUCUAUCCGGUGUUGCCACCAAUGCUUCUCGGAUCUCCAUGACAGCUGAUUGGAUGCCCGGUCAACCCCGACCACCAUAUCUAGAUGGAUCUGCACCCGGGGAUUUCGGAUUUGACCCACUUCGUCUUGGUGAGGUCCCAGAGAACCUCGAGAGGUUCAAAGAGUCGGAGCUCAUUCAUUGCAGAUGGGCUAUGCUUGCAGUUCCAGGGAUCUUGCUACCGGAAGCCUUAGGAUUGGGCAAUUGGGUAAAAGCACAAGAAUGGGCUGCUCUUCCCGGAGGUCAAGCAACAUACCUAGGGAACCCUGUUCCAUGGGGUACCCUGCCCACCAUUUUGGCGAUCGAAUUCAUCUCCAUUGCCUUCGUAGAGCACCAAAGGAGCAUGGAAAAAGACCCAGAAAAGAAGAAGUACCCCGGUGGCGCUUUUGACCCAUUGGGCUACUCAAAAGACCCCAAAGCAUUUGCAGAGUACAAGGUCAAAGAGAUAAAAAACGGACGUUUAGCGUUGUUGGCAUUUGUGGGAUUUUGCGUGCAACAAUCGGCUUACCCCGGUACCGGACCUUUGGAGAACUUGGCAACUCACUUGGCUGACCCAUGGCACAACAACAUUGGAGAUGUCAUUAUUCCUAAAGGAAUUUUCCCAAACUGAAAUAUGGGUUCCCAAUGAUCUCCAAAUUCAUAUGUAAAAUCCAUGUAAACCCUUCAUAUUGUAAUGAAAUGAACUUAUAUAUUAGUGUUGAAUUGCUUUCUAUCAA